UCUCCUGAGGAGGCGGACUGGAAUGAUCCAGAUAAUUAUUUAUCUACGGCUUAACAGAGAAAUUUGUAUUGUUUCGAAGAAAUAGUUAAAGUUGAAUUAUGGCGGAUCCAAAGUUUGAGAAUUUGCCAGGAAUUGCAUAUGAUCAACCUGAUGUAUAUGAAACACCAGACGUUCAGGAAGCUGAUGAUACGUCGGACUUUUAUGAAGAAGAGCCCGAUAGUGAAUUUAUUCAACAUGUACAUAUAUCGGCCCAAGACUCUUUUGAAAAAUUUAAGGGAAAACGAGUCGAGAGCAUCGUAGAUUUUUCUGAUUGGUAUGGCAAUAAACUUCGUAAAGGUUAUGAAACCUUAUCCGCCGAGCUUGACAACAGAGAGAAGGAGUCCCCACUUCAAAAGUGUCGGCGAUUACAAUUUGAAAUGAACGAUUUGUUAGACGAGCUGGAUUUGAUGAAAGCGGAAAAAAAAAUCGAUCAAGGUGAACUAGAGUCCUACGAUGCAGUUUCGGUGGUUAUAUCAACAGCGAAGAAAGUUAUUGAUUCUCUUCGAUUGGAGCAGGUUCUUGGUGAAGAACAUGUAGGUGUUGCAAACCAGGAGGUUGAAAAACUAUUAAGUCGAGUUGAAAAAUACAAAAACUCUGGUGUUUUGACAGCUUGUAAAGUACAGAAUGUUGAUUUGGCUGCUACUGCUCGUGUAGCGAAGUUAGAAUAUCGUUUACAUGAGCUAGAACAAGCAGUUGGUGUAAAUCCGGAGAAACUAAGUAGACUUGCCGCAAGUACUGGUUCUUCCAAUCUUAUUGAAACUGUGCGUCAAUUAAGUACUCAAGCAGCUCUUCUUCAACCAGGUCAACUAAAUCAAAUUGAGACUCGUCUUACUAGUUUAACCACCAAAAUGAACGCCAUUGCUGAAAAAUCCAGUGGUUCUUCGGAUGAAGCUAAAAGAGACCAAAAGGUUUGCGAGUUGUAUGAUAUAGCCAAGAGAACUGAAAGUAUUGCUGAAAUAUUACCAGAUAUUAUCGAACGAAUGCAGGCUUUGGAAUCCCUACAUAAAUAUGCUAUGAACUUUGCAAAAAUCAUCGCUGAGGUCGAGGAAACUCAAAACUCUAUUUCCCAAAAUUUGUCAAAUAACAAAACUUUGCUGAAUUCUGUUCAAGAAAUAUUCGCAACUAACUUGGAAAACAUUAACAAAGAAGUCUUCAAACUAGAGACACGCAUAAAUUCAAUUCAUAUUUGAAAACAAAUGGCAAUAUUAAUGGCAAGUUACAUACAAAAUAAAUACAUUUAGAUAUCUCAAAAUUUUCUUUGUAAAACAAGCAUAUUUACGCCUGUUCAUCUAAUAAAAAUGCUGCUAUAAUAAUUA